AGUCAUCUCUUGAUCUGGACGAGCCGAGGAAGGAGAUCCAUGCCUUCACAUCGCUUGUCGAUGAACAUUUGCCGUUCUGGUUCCGUCUCUCGGACAAUCCUAAUGAGCAUAAAUUAGAGAAAGAGAGUGUGAGGAAGCAGUUGAUCCAUCAUCAUCCCAUAAACCGCAAAACGUCACGCAUAUCCCCUCGUAUUCAUCAACACCAAGACAUCCGCCAUGCUCUCUUCUAUUCCCUCUCUCUUCUUCUUCUUCUUCCUCUGCUUCGCGGAUGGCACCGCCCACCAUGCCGCCCCGACCCAGGACCCUUGCGACCCCACAAGCUGCCCCGGCCGGGGGCCGCAGGUUCAGUUCCCGUUCAGGCUCGCACCCUUCCAACCUGCCAACUGCAGCUUUCAUCCGGGGUUCGACCUUUCCUGUGACGAGCAUGGAAACACUCAGCUCUGGCUCCCAAACACCCCAGAGCCGCUCUUCGUCCAGUCCAUCGACUACGCCAACCGGUCCGUCCUCGUGCAGGACCCCAAGGGGUGCCUCCCCUUGCUGCUCGCGAACCUCAACCUCUCUCGCUUCUCCUACCAAAGGCUUUACAACAACGACCCAUAUGGAUACCAAUACGGGUACAAUAACUAUACCCUGUUCAAGUGCCCGCCUCCCGAGAGGACCAGCAUGACCCGGGUGGUUUGCCUGAGCAUUCCCGGGUCGUACGAAGUCUACGCCGUCAGGUCCAGCUCCUACGUCGGAGACUCGCCGCUGGUGUCUUGCGAGAGGAGCGGGAGCAUUGACGCACUUCCGACAGCGAUCGCGAUCAUGAUGGUCGAGGUUCGUUUGGCCUGGGACAAGCCCGACUGCCAGAAGUGCACGGAGGUAAAUUGGUGGUGUCGACCGAACGGGAGCGACAUCAGAUGCACUGAGCCUCCUAGAAAACACUACGAAAAAUUAAGGGCAGAGAUCACCGGAGGAGUCGUGGGCUCGUUUUUCCUUCUUGCUGUUGUGAUUGGAGUCGGCUAUGUCCUCAACGAAAGAAGAAGAGAUAAAGCAUUCCAACUCAAGAUCGAGAGCUUCUUGCAUGACUAUGAGGCCCUCAAGCCGACCCGUUACUCCUACAACGACAUCAAGAGGAUAACCAAUGACUUCGAGGAGAAACUUGGCCAGGGGGCUUACGGAACUGUCUACAAAGGAAAGCUUUCCAACGAGAUUUUCGUCGCCGUGAAGAUGCUGGACAAUUCGUUCGGAAAAGGUGAGGAGUUCAUCAACGAAGUAGGCACGAUGGGAAGGAUUCACCACGUCAACGUGGUUCGGAUGGUCGGUUUCUGUGCUGACGGUUUCCGAAGAGCCUUGGUGUACGAGUUCCUGCCGAACGAGUCUCUGGAGAAGUUCAUAUUUCCAGGCGAAGACGCUCUCGACGCUUCCCUUAGUUGGGAGAGGCUCCAUGACAUCGCUCUCGGAGUGGCCAAAGGCAUAGAGUAUCUUCACCAGGGGUGCGAUCAUAGGAUCCUCCAUUUCGACAUCAAGCCGCACAACAUCUUGUUGGAUGACAACUUCAAUCCUAAGAUUGCGGAUUUCGGUCUGGCAAAGUUAUGUUCCAAGGAAAAAAGCGCGGUGUCCAUGACUGCGGCCAGAGGUACCAUGGGCUACAUCGCCCCGGAAGUCUUCUCCAGGAACUUUGGAAGCGUGUCUUCUAAGUCGGACGUGUACAGCUUCGGAAUGCUGCUACUCGAAAUGGUUGGGGGGAGGAAAAACGUCGAUGUGAACGCGAAGAACAUGAGCCAGAUGUACUUCCCGCAGUGGGUCUAUAACCAUCUGAAUAAGGGUGAAGAGCUUGAAAUACGAAUCCGAGAGGACGGUGACCAUAAGAUUGCCAGGAAACUGGCAAUCGUAGGGCUCUGGUGCAUUCACUGGUACCCGGCCGAUCGGCCUCCCAUGAAAGUGGUGGUUCAGAUGCUGGAGGGAGAAGAGUGCCCCGUCAUGCCGAAAAAUCCUUUCGUUUCCUCCGGUUCAGGGGAUGCUGCGACCAUGCAGGGAAGACUAUGGAACACGGAUCUAGAAGUUAUCGCAGAAUAAGUUUGAGUGCUCUUUCGCAGUAUGUCAUCUCCCUUUGACUGAAAUGGAUGUCAAAAAGUGAGAAAAGUAAGUAGAUCUGUGAUCGAGAAGCCAUCAGCUAAAUUUAGGAACUCUCUCUACCGCGAAAUAGUCUGUCAGCAUUUGAUGCGCACCUACUACUUACCUUUCGUAUCAGAUGCAAUAUGUAUAGAGGAAUUCCUUUCCUCUUAUAUUUCGAACUAGGUUAGUUAUUAUGUAAUACUAGAAUCUAUCUACUUAUUGGAAGUUUGUAAUAUAUUAAGUAUUCUGGAUUUAAUCACCCAUCGCAAAUGCAG